UCUGGAACACUUGGAGACAGCCAAUCAGGUCGACUCCCUGCUACGUUAGCACAGCCCUGGCAAAAACCAAAAACAACAGUCCCCGUCUCAAUUUGUUUCCUGUUAGCAUUCGCAGCGUAGCCACUGAUCAAACUGACCGUGUAAAAUGUUAUAUUAACGAAAGCGUUUACACUUGGUUGAUGCAAUCUUUGUUUUGGCGUUAGUGUACGUUUUAAGGCAGAGCUAAUCGGAGCUGUGACGCGCCUUGCUAGCAGCUAACAUCGGCGACCCAACACAGAAAGAUGGGGUCCAUCCUGAGUCGCAGAAUCGCUGGUGUUGAGGAUAUCGAUAUCCAGGCCAACUCGGCCUAUCGAUUUCCCCCGAAAUCUGGUAAUUAUUUUGCGAGCCACUUCUUCAUGGGAGGAGAGAAAUUUGACACACCACAUCCAGAGGGAUACCUUUUUGGAGAAAACAUGGACCUGAAUUUUCUUGGAAAUAGGCCAGUCCAGUUUCCAUAUGUGACGCCUGCACCCCAUGAGCCUGUGAAAACCCUGAGGAGUCUGGUCAACAUUAGAAAGGACUCUCUGCGUUUGGUCAGGUAUAAAGAUGACUCUGACAAUCCGGUGGAGGAAGGUGGAAAACCAAAGGUUCAGUAUAGUGUGGAGUUCACCUUUGAUGCUGAUGCUCGAGUGGCCAUCACCCUCUACUGCCAAGCAUUUGAGGAGUUUGCCAAUGGGAUGGCAGUGUACAGCCCAAAGAAUCCAUCACUGGUCUCUGAAACUGUGCAUUACAAGCGAGGGGUGAGCCAACAGUUCUCCAUGCCAUCUUUCAAAUUAGAUUUCUGCGAGUGGAAAGAAGAAGAUCUGAACUUUGACCUUGACCGAGGAGUGUUUCCCAUGGUAAUCCAAGCUGUGGUUGAUGAAGGGGACGAUUGCCUUGGACAUGCUCACGUCCUUUUGGCAGCCUUUGAAAGACACGUUGAUGGCAGUUUCUCCGUCAAGCCUCUCAAGCAGAAGCAAAUUGUGGACCGUGUGAGCUACCUCUUACAGGAGAUCUAUGGGAUUGAGAACAAAAACAACCAAGAAACAAAGCCAUCUGACGAUGAGAACAGCGACAACAGCAACGAGUGUGUUGUCUGUCUGUCCGACCUGCGAGAUACACUCAUCCUGCCCUGCAGACAUCUGUGUCUCUGCAACUCCUGCGCAGACACUCUGCGUUACCAGGCCAACAAUUGUCCGAUCUGCAGACUGCCCUUCAGAGCCUUGCUGCAGAUCAGAGCUGUGAGGAAAAAGCCUGGUGCUCUUUCCCCUGUAUCCUUCAGCCCUGUUCUGGCUCAGACUAUGGACCAUGACGAGCACUCUAGCACAGACUCGGUUCCUCCCGGCUUUGAACCCAUCUCACUGUUAGAGGCUUUGAAUGGUCUGCGGUCAGUUUCUCCUGCCAUCCCAUCGGCACCCCUCUACGAUGAAAUCAACUUCUCAGGGGGUGUGGGCAGUGACAGCAGACAGCUGAGCUCCCCAGAGCAUUUAAGUGAUGGGAGUCUGCAGAAAGGCAAAGUCAGCAAGUCACCUGACAGUACCCUUAGGUCUCCAUCGUCUCCCAUCCAGGAAGAAGAUGAGGAGAAGCUGUCUGAGAUGUCUGAUGCUCAGCCUCACACACUGCUGUCCAGCAGCCCCGCCCCCACUGACGCCACAGCAACCGAGGACGUGGCAGAAUCCCUGUCUCCAGAUGACGAGGACAGGAUGCAUUCUGGAGGAGACAUCCUACAGGACUGCAGCAGUGAACACAGCAGCUUGACCAAAACAGAGAGCGACCCACCGGGCGACUUGUCUCUCCCAGCUCUUGGUCCUGAUUCCUGUUCUAUUGGUAUGGAGGAAUAACUGUGGUUCAUCAGAAUCAACAGAAAGCCUGAAAAGUCAGAGCACAAACUGCUCCAGCCAGCCUCUCCUGUGUCCCACGAGCAGCCUUCAUAUGGAAGACGAGCACCUCAAUCCCUGACUCUGAUCCAGCGUUUUCCAUCCCAUCCAUCAGGACAGAUUUUUUUGUUACAAAGAUCAUCCAGUCCUGCUAUUCAUUUUACCCUCCAGCCCAGUCUUCUGUUUCAGUUAUCAGAGCCAACGAUGGCCCUUAAAGGAAGUAUACCAGGAUAAGGGAGGACUCUGUUUAUUCCAUUAGUGUCUCUGAAAUUAGAAAAGAAAAUUGACUCCUGCAAAGAUGUUCUUGGUACCUUACUCUAUGACUGAUGUUUAACCCUUGUGUUGUCUUCCCUUCAACCUUGAAAACACAUUUUUUUCCAACGUUUUGUUUUUGUUUGUUUUUGCUUUUUUUAAAUUGUUAAAUUUUUCUUCUACACAUUUUCAGCGCUUAUUUCUACGUCCCAUAUUUUCUGAUAUAAAACAAAAAUUGAAAACGGGUCAAUGUGACCCGAAGUCAACACAAGGGUUAAAAAAUCAUAUAUUGUUUUCCCAGCUUUGAAAACAUUUCAUUAACUGUCAGAUGGUGUCUUGGCCAGAGUUGUGGUCUAGUAAUAUGGAUUCCAGAGAUAUUUUACUACCUGUCAUGGUGGUUUUAAGCACACUUAUUUUAAAUUAACUCUCUAUCAAUUGCUUAACACUAAAUUCAGAAGAAGUUAUACAUACAGUUUGUGUCUAGAUAUUGUAAUCAUCUGUGAAAUACAUUAAUGACUUGAAAACUUAUUUUUACAGUAAGGUUGAUUUGGGUUAUGAGCAGAAAUUUGAAAACAUUACAUAUGUACGUAUCUGUAUGUCUAUUUGAAGUGAUUUUGUACUCCAAAAUCAUUUAUAAUCCAUUCCUUAUAACAAUAGUUUAUAAUGAGAUGAAGUUGCAGCUGCAGUCUUAAACAUCUACGUCACCUUUUUUUAAUUAUUUCUAACGAUGUGAUAUCUAUGUAUCAUAACUGUACUAGAAUACUGUGUAGUUACUUUCAAAAUUGUAUACUUGCAUAUUACAUAAAAAGAUCCUGAUAUUAAAAUAAUGAAUUAAUUUAACAUACACAUUAUUUAAGACUUGGAUAAUUGAUAAGAGCUACCAAUUCACGUCCUUACAGCUAAACUCAAAGAUAGCUAAAGCCUGCAACAAGCAUAGACGCUCCAGCUACAUGUAUGCUGACUGAGUAUGGCACAGUAAGUGUGCCUGUUGUAGAUGUGGCAGAUAUCUUUACAGUCUUUUUGUGGCAAUACCAGUGUCUGCUUAUGUUAUGUAGCUGCAAAAAAAAGGGGUCCGGUGUUUGUGUGGCUGUAACAUCUUUACAUAACUUGGUCCUGUAUGUGUAGCGCCAUGCAUAUAGAUCUCUGUGCCUUGAAUUAAUAUGGCUGCCUGCUUGUUGCAUUGGACAUUAGUGUUCUUAUAAAUGCUACAAUAUACAACACUUUUCAGCACAUAGACAGGAUAUUUGAUUCUGAUGUACAGAGCCUUUUUUUUAUAUCAUGCUACUGGAAAAAUGUAUCUUGUCAUUGUUAUUGCAAUAUAAAAUUGAAAUGUUCAUUUACUAUGUUAUGACCAUGUAUCAAUUAUGCAUUUAAUCUAAGGUUCAAGCAGAUUCUCUUAAUGUAUGUUUGAUUGGAAGGACAACAUCCAAUGCAAUUACAAUGCAAACAUUGCAUUUUAAUGAUUGGGCUAGAAUUUGCAUGUGAAUUUGUAGAGGCUUUAACGUCACUGCUUUUAAGCAACAUUGUUAUUUUGUAUUUCCCCCCUCCUCUUCUGUGCCAUUUCAACUUGACACUGUGCCUUCCUGAUCCUGUUCUGACUACUGUUGACCUGGUAUCCAGGAUAACUCCACAGUAGGUGGUUUGUGGCUCUCUGUAAAAUCAAUACCUGUCUUUCCUUGUGUGUAUAGCAGCAUGUGUGUAACAAUAAAGAACAAAGAUUCAGUACUUCAA